AUGACCCUGUUGGCGGGUGAUGGCUCCGACUAUGACUACAGUGCCCUGAGCUGUGCCUCUGACACCUCCCUCAACCCACCUCCCAUACAAGAGGAGGAGGCUCGAAAGGGGGCUUUCUACAAGAGGGCGCAGCGUGCUCCUGAGCUCAGUGCCAUCCAUGACGACUCCUCACUCUCCAGCGCCCGCAAACUCCACGCCAUCAUCAAUGUGGGCGGCCUGCGUUACCAGCUGCCUUGGACCACCUUAGAAGACUUCCCCCUGUCUCGUCUGGGCCAGCUGCACCUCUGCAGCAGCUUUGAUGAGAUCAUGCGUAUCUGUGAUGACUAUGAUGUUACACACAAUGAGUUCUUCUUCGACCGCAGCCCCUGUGCCUUCCGGACCAUCCUGACCUUCCUGCGGGCAGGUAAGCUGCGGUCGCUCAGGGAGAUGUGCGCCCUCUCCUUCAGGGAGGAGCUGCUCUACUGGGGGGUCCCCGAGGAGAACCUGGAGUGGUGCUGUCGCCGGCGUCUGCUGCAGCGUGUGGAGGAGUUUGAAGCAAUGGAGAGGGCAGAGGAGGAGGAGGAACUCCUGGAGGAUCUGUUGGAUACAGACAGUGGCGACAGGGCGCAUGAAGCCGAGUCCAGAGUCAGCCGAUGCAUGAGCAAGCUAAGAGACAUGGUGGAGAGGCCUCACUCCGGCCUCCCAGGGAAGAUCUUUGCUUGUUUGUCAGUUUUGUUUGUCACCAUCACUGCCAUCAACCUAUCCAUCAGCACCAUGCCUGCCAUGAGGGAGGAGGAGGAGGCGGGUACGUGCUCCCAGAUGUGCUACAACAUCUUCAUUGUGGAGACGGUGUGCGUGGCCUGGUUCUCCCUGGAGUUCACCCUGCGCUUCAUUCAGGAUCGCAGCAAGCUGACCUUCCUCAGACAGCCCCUGAACCUCAUCGAUGUGGUGGCCAUCUUGCCCUACUACAUCACCCUGCUGGUAGACAGCACCUCCAAAGGGGAGAAGCGGCCAGGGUCUGGCAGCAGCUACUUGGACAAAGUGGGCUUGGUGCUGCGCGUCCUGAGAGCCCUGCGCAUCCUCUACGUGAUGCGACUAGCUCGCCAUUCACUGGGCCUGCAGACUCUGGGCUUGACGGCACGCCGCUGCACACGAGAGUUUGGACUGCUCCUCCUGUUCCUGUGUGUGGCCAUCGCACUGUAUUCCCCCUUGCUGUAUUUGAUUGAGAACGAAAUGGCCACCACGCAGGAGUUCACCAGCAUCCCUGCUACUUACUGGUGGGCUGUCAUCACCAUGACGACAGUGGGCUAUGGGGACAUGGUGCCGAGGAGCAUCCCGGGGCAGGUGGUGGCUCUCAGCAGCAUCCUGAGCGGGAUCCUUCUCAUGGCCUUCCCCGUCACCUCCAUCUUCCACACCUUCUCUCGCUCCUACGUGGAGCUGAAGCAGGAGCAGCAGAGGCUGCUGCAGAGGAGGACACACUUUCUGCUGCGCAGCCGCAUGGCCGGCCUGGGCAGCAACCUCUCCUUAGAGAGCGACAUGCUCUUCCCCAUGGGGUCAUCUGACACCAGAGACAUGGACGACUGA